GAGAAAGAAAGAGUCCACUAUAUUCCACUAUACACAUUGAUAUGAGAAGAUUUGCCUAGGAAGCUGCUCCAAUAUAAUACAAUUUAGGUAAAGGUUCAGCAAAAAGCAUGAAGACGAGAACACCGGAUCCGUCUCAGAAAGAAGUUGAAUGUAAGGGCUUGUGUCCAGGAUCUUGCUGAGCAGAGCUUUUAUACGAGAUGCUGGUUUAGUUUUAGAGUGAUUAAAAUACGUUAAUAAUUCGCUGAGGAAACUAAAAGUAUGACCAAGAGACCACAUCUUUAUACACAUAACUUCCUAACAAUAUUCGUGAAACAAUUUCCAUAACAACAUAAGUCAAAUAUUGACAUGACAGUCAUUUCUUUACCAACAAGGUUGAUCUGUCUUUACACGCAGCUAAGUGUGAUAUGACACAUAUUUGAAACCAUUACAUCGAGUUGAUCGUAAGUGAAACCGCUACGAACGCGUUGAGGAGGCUAGGAUCUUCGAAUGGCGAAUGAGCGCGACUUUUCGCCAAGUACAUUGAGUUCAGCUUUCGUGUCGAUAGGUCUGGCUUCCGAACCGUUCAAGAACGAGAUUGAAAUGAUAAGGACUGUCAUUGUCAAGGCUCUUAGCGAUUGCGGGAUGUUAAGCUGCAUCUUCGGAUGUUGAUCUUGAUGUAGACGUGUUGAUCGUUUGAUAAUUUUUUGGAGUAAGGUUACUGUAGAAAGAAAAGAAAAGGUGACUCUUUUGCUAGUUUAAAGGGGGAAGGAUUAUCUUGGUGAAGAAGUUGCCGUAAUUUUAUAUGGCCCCAUUUUAUAUU